CCCCGCCUCCGACACCCGCAGCUCCCCGCCUCAGAGCUCCACAGGUGCCGCGGCGCGUCCAGCCUCGCCCCGCGCACUUUUCUCCCCCGUUUCUGACUUUUUUCCACCUUUAAUCUUUCGUCUUCCGUCUCCUCCCGAGCGCCGGACUUUUGACGCACGGCCACGUCCGCCACAAUCCGCUUGUGAAAGAUUAAUCGGCUGCGUAUUUAUUAUUUAUCGAUCGCUUUAUCGCGUCGGGGAAGUCGUCGGUUCAUGACCCCGGGCCGGAGCCGAGCCGCGGCCGCAGAAACAUGCCCGUGCGACGCGGUCAUGUGGCGCUCCAGAACACCUACCUGGACACCAUCAUCCGCAAGUUCGACGAGCAGAAUCGUAAGUUCCUGAUCGCCAACGCGCAGAUGAAGAACUGCCCCAUCAUCUUCUGUAACGAGUCCUUCUGCGCGCUCUUCGAGUUCACGCGCGCCGAGGUCCUGCAGCAGCCCUGCACCUGCCCCUUCCUCGUGGGACCGGGGACCAUGAAGAGCGCCCUCUCCCUGCUGGCCCAGGCGCUGCAAGGGAGCGAGCAGCGCAAAGUCGAGCUGCUCUACUAUUCCAAAGAAGGCACGUGCAGGCCGUGUUUGGUGGACAUCAUCCCGGUGAAGAACGAGGACGGCGUGGUCAUCAUGUUCAUCCUGGACUUUCAGGAGCUGCUCGACCGGAACCUGAAGAAGAGCGGCCUGAGACAGAGAGUGGAGCAGGGCUGGUUAUACUGUCGCAGUCGGAGGUUGAAGAUGCGGUUCCCGGUGCUGAGGUCCAUGAGGAGGUCCAGUCUGUCCAAGGAGCAGUUUGAGGGCGUCGUGGUCGAUUACCUCACCCCCAACAGUGAGGAGGUCCCCCUGAAGGAGUUCCGGAUCCCGUCCAAGGAGAGCUGCGUUCAGUCCGAGACCGAAGCUUUGAUCGAACAAGACCAGCCGCCGCCCGCCCCGAGCGGCACCAAACGCCGCUCUCUGCUGCCCGCCCUGCCCCCUCUGCCCGCGCUCCCUGCCCUCCCCGCCCUCCCCGUCCUCCCCGCCCUGCCCGACCGCCUGGAGCCGUCCCUGGGCCUGGCGCGGGGUUCUCUCUCCUGCUCGCGGGACUCGGUGCGUUCCCUCCGAAGAGCCUCCUCCCUGGACGACAUCGACGGGAUGAGAGCGGAAUGGAGCGCCGAGGAACGCAACGCCAGCAACCUGAAGCCCAGCACGGUGAACUCGACCUCAGACUCGGACCUGAUGCGGCACCGCACCGUGGGCCGGAUCCCGCAGGUGGCGCUGUCGUUCGGGCCGGACCGGCUCAGACCGCCCUCCCCCACCGAGAUCGAGAUCAUCGCACCGAGCAAGAUCAAGGACCGCACCCAGAACGUCACCGAGAAGGUCACCCACGUCACCCAGGUCCUGUCUCUGGGCGCAGACGUUCUCCCCGAGUACAAACUGCAGGCUCCUCGUAUCCACCGCUGGACCGUGCUGCACUACAGCCCGUUCAAGGCCGUGUGGGACUGGCUCAUCCUGCUGCUCGUCAUCUACACGGCCGUCUUCACCCCGUACUCGGCGGCGUUCCUGCUCAACGAGGUGGAGGAGCAGCGGCGGCGGGACUGCGGCUACACCUGCAACCCGCUGAACGUGGUGGACCUGGUGGUGGACGUGAUGUUCAUCGUGGACAUCGUCAUCAACUUCAGGACGACGUACGUGAACCAGAACGACGAGGUGGUGAGCGCCCCCUGGAGGAUCGCCACGCACUACUUCAAAGGCUGGUUCCUCAUCGACAUCGUGGCCGCCAUCCCCUUCGACCUGCUCAUCUUCCAGUCCGGCUCCGAGGAGCCCCAGACGACCACUCUGAUUGGUCUGCUGAAGACGGCCCGGCUGCUGCGUCUGGUUCGUGUGGCGAGGAAACUGGACCGAUACUCGGAGUACGGCGCCGCGGUGCUCUUCCUCCUCAUGUGCACCUUCGCCCUCAUCGCGCACUGGCUCGCCUGCAUCUGGUACGCCAUCGGUAACGUGGAGCGCACGAGUACGGCUCGGGUCGGGGUGCUGAGGAUCGGCUGGCUGGACAACCUGGCGGAGCAGAUCGGGAAACAGUACAACGACACGGACGUGAGCUCGGGUCCGUCCAUCAAAGACAAGUACGUGACGGCGCUGUACUUCACCUUCAGCAGCCUCACCAGCGUCGGCUUCGGAAACGUCUCCCCCAACACCAACCCGGAGAAGAUCUUCUCCAUCUGCGUCAUGCUCAUCGGAUCUCUGAUGUACGCCAGUAUCUUCGGGAACGUCUCCGCGAUCAUCCAGCGUCUGUACUCGGGGACGGCGCGGUACCACACGCAGAUGCUCCGGGUCAAAGAGUUCAUCCGCUUCCAUCAGAUCCCGGGAGCCCUGAGGCAGCGGCUGGAGGAAUAUUUCCAACACGCCUGGUCCUACACCAACGGCAUCGACAUGAACGCCGUUCUGAAAGGUUUCCCCGAGUGUCUCCAGGCCGACAUCUGCCUGCACCUGAACCGGACUCUGCUGCAGAACUGCCGCGCGUUCCGAGGGGCGAACAAAGGCUGCCUGCGCGCUCUGGCCGUGCGCUUCAAGACCACGCACGCGCCCCCCGGUGACACGCUGGUGCACUGCGGCGACAUCCUCACCGCGCUCUACUUCAUCUCCAGAGGCUCCAUCGAGAUCCUCCGAGACGACACCGUGGUCGCCAUCCUCGGUAAGAACGACAUCUUCGGCGAGGCGGUGAGCGUGUACGGGCGCCCGGGCAAGUCCAGCGCCGACGUCCGGGCUCUGACCUACUGCGACCUGCACAAGAUCCAGCGCGACGAGCUGCUGGACGUGCUGGACAUGUACCCGGACUUCGCCCAACUCUUCUGGACCAACCUGGAGAUCACCUUCGACCUGCGAGACGCGGACGGCGUGGACCUGCCCUCAGCUCCCGCCUCAGAGUGCGACUUCAACAAACACAAACACCGACGGAGAUCUCUGCGCCGCAGGAACCGCCCAGAUGGAAUGGACAGAGACGAGCCCAGCCCCGACCACUGCCCCGCCGGCCCCCUCCCGUCCUCCCUCCCGUCCUCCCUCCCGCUCUCUCACCCCUCCUCCCACCUCCUCUCCUCCUCCUCUCACCCCGUCUCCUCCUCCUCUCGCUGGGACGAGCCGUGCAGCAGCGACAGCCCCUGCUCUCAGUCCAGCGACGAGGACCAGGGUAAAACUGACCUGUUCCGGACCAGAGACUUGGCCCCGAGGCAGCACGGCGGGCCCUCUGCGGCUCGUCCCGUCGACCUCCAGGGGGCGCCGUACACAGCGGCUCCUCCCCUCGUCGUCCCCGGUCUCUACGGUUUCUGGCCCGAGCGCAGACCCUCUCAGUUCUCAGACUGUCACCGGCGCCUGGGACCGGCUCGGACCGGACUGUACCCGGGUCAGGACCGCUCCGGGGAACUCGAGUCCCGUCUGGAGCUGCUGCAGUCUCAGCUCAACAGGUUGGAGAGUCGUAUGACCGCAGACAUCACUGUGAUCCUUCAGCUGCUGCAGAGACAGAUGGUUCCUCCGGCCUACAGCGCCGUGACUCCGCCCCUCCACAACGCGACUCCGCCCCUCCACGCCGGGCCCCCGCCUCGCCCCGCCCCCCUGUACGGCUCGGCGGCGCCCCCCGUGCUCUCAACGGGCCCACUGCAGGUCCCGGACUCGGACCUGCAGCACAAACCCCGGGACUCGGCCUCGGACUCGGCGUCGCCCCCCGGUGUCGAGGGCGCGUCACUGCAGCCGCCGCGCCGCCCCUCCCUCCCCGCCCCCACCCGCGCGGAGCACCAGGAGCUCCAGAAGCACCUGUCCGACCCUGUCCUGCCGGGGAGCUAG